AUGUCAAUCAAUUCACCCCUGACGAGCAGAGGUGCGAAUAACACUUCAAGGCUACACACUCUCGUGAUUUAUCAGGGAGAUACGUCGUCAGGAUUCCACUCAAAUCACCAAUUACGAGACACUCAACCACAUGACGAAUCAUCCAUCUCCAGUCGUCGCUCACACUUCUACCUGCCACAUCACGGUGUUCUCAAGCCUGACAGUACAACAACAAAGCUGCGGGUCGUGUUUAAUGGCUCCAGCGCAUCCACAUCAGGCUACUCUGUCAACGACCUCAUGUACACGGGAGCGAAAUUGCAUCUGAACAUCUCAGAUGUUCUCCUCUGGAUACGGAGACAUCGUCACAUUUUCGCUACGGAUAUCACCAAGAUGUACAGGCAGAUCAAAAUUCACAAGGAUGACUGGAAGUUGCAGCGGAUACUCUGGAUGGACGAUCAACUCAAUGAAGUGCCAUAUCAUCUGACAACGGUCACCUACGGGACAAAGGCCGCGCCGUUCUUGGCCGUAAGGACGCUGUUACAACUAGCAGAGGACGAAGGACAUAAAUACACUGGCUGUGCCAUCCAUCACUCACGGCAGGAGGUCGCACAUCAACUAAAGGGCCUCUGCAUGGCGGGCGGCUUCCCACUAGCAAAAUGGCAUGCAACUCAUCUCGACAUACUCAAGACUGUCACCGACAGCGAAGACCAAGUGGCUCAGAUAUUCGAUCCACUUGGCUUUGCAUCACCCGUCGUGAUCAAGGCCAAAAUUCUCUUGCAGGAGCUGUGGCUGCAUAAGCUCCAAUGGGAUGAUCCACUGCCAUCCCAGCUCUCAGCCCGGUGGCUCAUUAUCAGAGAAGAACUCACAAGCUUGGCCAAGCUCUCAAUAUCUCGGUGGCUCAACACAUGGAGCGACUCGCAAGUGGAACUUCAUGGAUUCUCUGAUGCUUCUCAAUUGGCAAUGGCUGCAGUCAUAUACAUAUCCGUUCACGACUCAACCGGCGCCACGUUCUCACUUGUGUGCUCCAAGACUAAGGUAACACUUCUCAAGCGGCUCUCAAUCCCGCGACUGGAACUCACGGCUGCUCUACUGCUCUCUCGACUCAUGCAAUACGUCAAAGCCACUUUGAACAUGGACGUAACGGCAACUCAUAUGUGGACGGACUCUCUAGUGACACUUUCGUGGAUCAGAUCUCAUGCAUCACGCUGGAAGGAUUUUGUCAGGAACAGGGUGGCUCAAAUUCAAGAACUCACUCCAGCUGCUCACUGGAGAUACAUACCUGGAACUUCCAAUCCGGCUGAUUGCGCAUCACGAGGCCUCACGACUGCUCAACUUCAAAGCACUCGCUUUCGUGGACGGGACCAUGAUGUCCACGACUCAUUGCCUGUCAGAUACAUCUCUCCAGAGACCUUGGAGAAAGCGAGGCUCUUCUGGAUUCAGGCUACUCAAGCAACGUACUUCUCGCACGAGCUCAAGGCGCUACAAGCCGACUCACCGUUGGCAAAGGCACACGCAUUCAACAGAUUAACUGCGUACAUCGACGCUCAAGGAGUCAUUCGCGUCGGCGGACGACUCGCUCACGCAGCUCUCUCACUCGAUGCGACACAUCCUGUAAUAUUGCCUCGUCACUCUCAGCUGUCGUCAUUGAUCAUCGCUCACGCUCAUCAACGGACUCUACAUGGAGGCACGCAGCUUACGCUGUCGCACAUCCGACAACAAUACUGGAUUCUCGGCGGGAGGGCUCCUGUCAAGUCUCACAUUCUGCGGUGUGUCACGUGUGCUCGGCAGAGGGGGAUCCGUGCUCAUCAAUUGAUGGGCCAACUACCUCUCUCUCGGGUUACGCAGGCACGACCGUUCACUCAUACAGGUGUGGACUACGCAGGGCCACUCACCGUCAAAACAUGGAAAGGAAGAGGUGCCAAAACCUGUAAAGGCUGGAUCUGCGUUUUCGUCUGCUUCUCAACCUCAACAGUACACCUCGAGGCGGUCAGUGAUUACUCAUCCGAAGGGUUCAUUGCCGCCUAUCGACGCUUCUCAUCCAGACGCGGCAUCGCUCACACCUUACACUCAGACUGCGGCACCAAUUUCAUCGGCGCGGAUACAGCUCUCAAAAGGCUAUUCAUCCAGAGCACUCAAGAACAUCAGCGAGUUUCUCACCUGCUCUCGCAAGACAACACCCGAUGGAAAUUCAAUCCCCCAGCGACACCUCACAUGGGAGGAAAAUGGGAGGCCAUCGUAAAAUCACUCAAAUUCCAUCUACGGCGCACCAUUGGAGAAGCCGUACUCACCUAUGAGGAGCUCACCACAUUGCUCACUCAAAUUGAGGCAAUCCUCAACUCGCGACCUCUCGAACCAUUGAGUGACGAUGCGGACGACAUCUCAGCACUCACGCCAGGCCACUUCCUCGUAGGAAGUCCGCUCACCACCAUACCAGAGCCAUCACUCACCGUACAGUUAAUUAAUGAACUCCUCACGUUCUGUCCUUAA